GUCACAGUUUCUCAAAAUACAGGUGGUAAUUACUCUCUUGCAGAUGCACUUUGUCAAGAAAGUCCCUACAAGUGAAGAAGAAAAGGCGGUGAAGGAGAAGGAGAGGUCUAUAAAGUUGAAAGUCUUCUGCACUGUUCGAGAUCACAUAUUCGAGAAAAGGAAGAGAGGUAAACUUGACGAUGAAAUGCUAAGCCUGACACAGAGGUUACUCGAGAAGAAUCCUGACAUUUACACAUUUUGGAAUAUUAGAAGGGAUGCAAUCGAGAAGAAGAUUGCAGCUUGGAAAGAAUCUCAAGAUAGCGCAAAAGAUGAUGAGGAAAAAGUUUUGUUUGGAAAGAAGAUUGAAUAUCUCCUUGGUGGUGAACUGUUUUUGACACAAACAUGCCUUGAGGCAAAUCCCAAGUCCUACUCCGCUUGGUUUCACCGCGGAUGGGCCCUAAAAAGGAUGAAGAAUCCCGACUUCAAACGCGAGUUGGCUCUUUGUGAGAAGGCAUUGAAGUUGGAUUGCAGAAACUUCCACACAUGGGAUCACAGACGUGUAGUUGCUAAAUUAGCUAAACUUGGACAAGACGAGGAACUUGAGUUUUCGAAUAAACUUAUCGGAGAGAAUUUCUCGAAUUACUCGGCUUGGCACUAUAGAGCUGUGUUGUUGCCAAAAAUGCAAAAUUCUAAGACUGGAGAAUACAAGCUCGAUGAUGACACUGUUGCUGCUGAAUUGAAGAAAGUAACUUCGGCAUUUUUCACUGACCCGGAAGAUCAAAGUGCAUGGGUGUACAGUCGAUGGCUUCUCGAAAUGGGAUCAGAAAAGGAGUUCUUAAGGCCCGAUUCGUUGUCGCCAGCUGUACCUCUCACAGUGUCUUUCCAUGGAAAUAAUACUACUGUGGUCAUGUCGAAAGCAUGUACUCUCAAUGAAGUCUUUCCUUACGUAAAUUCUCUCGAAGAAACGGAGUGGAGAGGGGUGUCAGCUCUCUCAUCCAAUCCAGAAAGUGCGAGGAUAUGGCAGUGCAUGUCAGAUAAAAGCUGCAUUGUUCAACUCAACCAGGAAGACAAUAAAGAUCUGAUUGAUGUCUCUAAGAAGCCAUAUGUCAAUAAGGAACUUUUACGACGAGCGUUUGAUCUGACCAGACGUGAACCCAAUGUUGCCAUCAAAUCCAUAACAGAUAACUGCAAACAGCUAAUGGAAAUGGAACCGCAAAAUAUGUGGGCGCGUUAUAUGUACACAUUAUGUUUGAUGGAAACGCAACCAGCCGAGUCCCAUGAGGAAAUCUUGUCAAAUCUUGGUAAACUGGCUACGGACCUUGACACGAAGCGAAAAGAGAUCUACAAAAAGUUGGCUUCCCGUCAGAUUUUGAAUAAGGUGUUACGAUCAGAAGUUGAAGGUGAAGCGUUAUUGGAAAAGCUUAUGAAAGGAGAGGAAACCCAAUUAGCAAUCAGAAAUGCAAAGAUCUCAAGCCUGGAUGGCGUCGAAUUAUUGGCAGGACUGGUAACAAACCUGGAUGUGAGCGGUAAUGAGAUAUCAUCUCUAGACGAGGUAUUGCUGCCAAAUUUGGAAUAUCUUACCGCGAAUGAGAAUCCCAUUGAAAAAUUGGCUCCGAGUGUCACUCUUUGUAACGUGAAGUUCCUUUCAUUGGGAUAUUGUCCAGUGAAUGAAGUAAACUGCAUAUUACCAGCACUAAAAUCCAUGUGCUCACUGGAAAGAUUCCUUUAUUGUGAAACUCCACUGGUGUCGAAAACUCCUGAACUAGGUAAGGAACUGCCGAAUGUGAGACUCAUUCCUCAUUAUCUUUGAGCAUUAUUUAUUGACUUUUCCACAUUACUUACCUUAUUCUGCCAUCGUUUGUUAAUCUGUACUUACAGCAUGCAUCUCUUCUUUCCUAUUUUUGCAUUUUUCAUAGUUGUUUGACAUAUAAAAAAUACAUUAGAGAGUUUCAAAAUAAUUCCAAGUUUAUACGUUGCCCUAUUGCAUUCUGUGAUUGAUUUUUUACAUUGAUAAAUUAUUUAUUCAA